AAGAAAACAAAAAUAAAUGAAGAAGAACAUUGCGGAAGACGCGAACAGUCAGCCUACAGAGAGCAUGAAUGUAUGACAUUGAUCUAAAACUAUGUAUGCAGGUUGCGUGAGGUGGAUGCUAAGCCACACGGUGAGAGCUGCGUGUGGAGGCAGUCCUGGCUACAGGAUACCAGCAUCAAGGUUCCUCAUAUGCACUGAAAGAUCUAAUGCUGCCGCCGCCACCACCUGGAGAUGGUCUCCGUUCUCCACAGCGAUAGACGACGCAGAACAGACUCCUGCACCGAAGAAAAAAAAGCAGGAUCCCCGGGCACAUGUCACGAUCACCAGCGUCGGCCGCAAGAUCCCGCAGCGUGAGAUACAGGUGAUCAGUGAGACAGGCGAGAACAUGGGCACCAUGCACCGUGCACAUGUGCUCAAAAUCAUGGAUGAGAAAGGUCUUAAAUUGGUGGUGCUCAGUGAACAUAAAGACCCUCCCGUGUACCGUCUGAUGAGCGGCAAACAGAUCCACGAGGAACAGCUGAGGCUGAGAGAGAAACAGAAAGCUAAAGCAGCCCCCGUGCAGGUGAAAGAAGUCACCCUUACAUCUGGCAUCGGCACUCACGACCUCACAACCAAACUGAAACAAGUGGAGAGCUGGCUGGAGAAGAAGCACCACGUUCGGAUCACUCUGCGGUCGGGACGCAUGCAUCCCGCAGACAACCUGGACACAAAUCUGGAGCAGAUAGUGCAACAAAUGGAGGUAAUGGUGGGAUUUGUUUCCAAGCCAAAAGUCAUACGUGAUGGUCAAGCAGCCAUGUGUGUCAUCCGACCACCUUCAGCCAAGGAACUGUCGCAAAUGAAGAAAAAUAAGACUUCACCGUCGCAGUCUGCCAACUCCAGUUCACAGGCCGCUCAGCCCAAAACACCAUCGCCUGUUAGCAACACGGACACAACAGAAGGGUCUACGCAGCAGUGAAGCCACAAAAGCAAGCUGACAUCUGUUCCUAAAUGUCACGUUUUGGUGUAAAAUCCUUAAUCAGGAUUUUCUCGUAGUGUGAAAAUAUUUAAGGGCAUGUUUGACAUAUAAAGUUUGGUGUGACUUGAAGACUAAGCUUCACUCCUCUGAAACAGUCACCAUAGGCCAUGUUCUUCAAAGGAGGCGGAGGAACUUUCUUUGGUACGAGUUAGUUCUCAUAUUACAGCAUACUAGCCAACAUUAAGGCUAAAUAACUGGCUGGCUAGUUGCCGUAGGACUUUAGGUAACAACAGACCAAAAUUUGAUUUGUGCAAGCCGUGAUUCAGAGGAAACCAUUCCAGUGACCCUUCAUGCCCUCUCGACAGAGACAUCAUCAUCCUGUAAGAAACCACUCCUGUCAGAAGACGUUUUUACUCAUAUUGUAGGAUAAAGUCGCUCAGACCUUUUCUUCUUGCCAUCUUGAUCCAGAAUUGAAGUCAUCUUAUCAGUGUUAUACAUGUUAGGAUGUUGAUUAUUCAAUUCUGUCAUGCUGUACACCUGUAUGGAAGCAUCAAAAAUGAAUUUUUGUACAGACAUUCAUGUUCCCCAGAGGAGGAAGCCUAAUGACUUUCCUCUAAUGACACUAGCGGGUUGACUUUUGUGUUUUUUAGUGAAACUUCUUGGAUGGAUUGUCAUAAAAAUUUGGUACAGACAUU